AUGCGCUUACUACGGAAUCUCAUCUCCAACUUUACACGUACAGCUCCGAAACGCGACUUUGCUCACGUCCACGACGUACAGAUCAAGUGGGAAAGAACGCCGGUACAGAACGGGAAAAAGCAACAACAAGAAGAAGAAGCUGGCAGUAUGUCUUUGAACGUCUUCAAGCAACCCCUCGCGCUCCAUUCUACACAGCCCUUGACUGGCUUCACCCGCUCAGGCUACUGCGAAGUCCCCGCUUCAGACGUCGGUAACCACGCCAUCGCAGGUAUCGUGUCGAAAGAGUUCCUUGACUUCUCUGCCGCACGCGGUAACGAUUUGCGUCAAGUGGGACUUACAGAUGGCUGCAAAUGGUGUCUCUGUGUGAACAGGUGGAAGGAGGCUUUUGAUGCUAGGACGGGCAUGGAUGAUAAGAAGGUGCCCAAGGUUGUUAUGAAGGCGACGAAUGAACAGGCGUUGAAGGGUGUGAGUAUGGAUGAUUUGAAGGCUUUUGCUGUGGAUAAAGAGUAA